AUGGCCGCGCACUCCCUCUCGGCGCUGAAGCUGACGGCCGACGCCGCUACAGGAGCUCGCGCCGGGGAGGAGCCACGCCUCCGCCUCCGCCAUGGCCGCGUACUCCCCGCCGGCGCGAAGCCGAUGGCCGCCGCCGCUACCGAACGGGAAGAAGAGGCAGGGAAGAGAGACGAGGCACGGGAUAAAGCUAUCAAUGGUGGUCGCUCCGGCGUGGAUCCGACGAGAGACAAAAUAAUCGUCGAUGCUCCUGCCGCCCUCUUUCUUCUCCACUCUGCGCAUCAGGCCGGGAAGCUGGACCCCGUCAUCGGCCGCGACGAGGAGAUCCGCCACGUGGUGCGCAUCCUCUCGCGCCGCACCAAGAACAACCCGGUCUUCAUCGGCGAGCCCGGCAUGGGGAAGACGGCCAUCGUGGAGGGCCUCGGGCAGCGCAUCGUCCGCGGCGACAUGCCCAGCAACCUCCUCGACGUCCGCCUCAUCGCGCUCGACAUGGGCGCGCUCGUCACCGGCGCCAAGUACCGCGGCGAGUUCGAGGAGCGGCUCAAAGUCGUGCUCAAGGAGGUCGAGGAGUCCGAGGGGAAGGUCAUCCUCUUCAUCGACGAGAUCCACCUCGUCCUCAGCGCGGGCAGGACAGAGGGGUCCAUGGACGCUGCCAACCUGUUCAAGCCGAUGCUCGCGAGGGGCCAGCUCCGGUGCAUCGGCGCCACCACGCUGGAGGAGUACCGCGACAAUCUCGAGAGGAAGAGGAUUCAGCUUGAAGUUGAGCUCCAUGCGCUCGAGAAGGAGAAGGACAAGGCCAGCAAAGCCCGGCUGGUUGAGGUCGAGAAGGAAUUGGACGAUUUGAGGGACAAGCAGCCCCUGACAAUGAAGUAUAGGAAGGAGAACAAGAGGAUCGAUGAGAUCCGGAAGCUGAAGCAUCGCCGCGAGGAGCUCAUGUUCAGCCUGCAGGAGGCCGAGCGCCGGAUGGACUUGGCCCGUGUGGCCGACCUCAAGUACGGUGCCCUCCACGAGCUCGACGCUGCCAUCGCCAAGCUCGAGAGCGAAACAGGGGAGAACCUGAUGCCCCAUCAUCCUCCCGGCAGGGCAGAGCGCCGGAGACCCCAGGACCGGCUGCGGCGGCGCCACCUGCUCCUUCCGCGCCCACCUGGCACCGCCGAUCACCCAGGCCGUGUCAUGGGGCGCGAAGCCUGA